GCCAGGCAGAAACACACCGCGGUUCUAUCGCGCAUCCGUGAUAUCGUUCUCACUCCAGAUUUCAACCCAUAUGCUUCCGCCGCCUCAAUCAUCAACGUCUGUGCUGCUGAUCUUACAACUAAAGGGUUCUCCAAGCUUCUACAAACACCAAAUAUCGAGGAUCACACAGCGCUAUAUUGGGCAAUUGUGAACAACCAGCGAGAAGUUGUGGCUGCCCUUGCUGCAUUCAUCUCUGAAUGUUCGCCUGCAUGCUCUUCCGAAUUGCGUCUCGCAUGCAUGGCAACUAGCGACCACGCAUCGUUUACACAGCUAAAAUUGGCAGAUAUUGAUGCCAAGGGUGAGGUUUUGAGACGAUCUUUAGGUUGUCCACCGGAUGAGAUUGAAGUGCAUGAGGUCAAGAUGAGCAACAGCCGUCAGUUUGUCGUCUCUUUCCGCAUCAGGAAGUUUCAGAGACGCUUGCGCAUCAUGCACAAGUUAAAUUAUGAAUUUGUCGCAGAUGGUGUGUGGCGCAGGUUUCUUGUU